AUGAGCGACUUCGGCCACUUUGGCUCCGAGGAGGAGUACGCGACUGUGCGCAAGCACAAUGCGGAGGUGGAAUCCGACCCCGACAACUUCGAUCACUGGGAAAACCUCAUCAAAGCCUGUGAGACACUGGAGGGUGGCUUGAACCGUAACUCAAGCCCCCAAGCAUUAGCGACUUUCCGAGAUGCCUACGACCGGCUUUUGACCAAGUUUCCCCUUUUCUUUGGCUACUGGAAGAAGUAUGCGGAUAUGGAAUUUAACAUCGCCGGCCCUGAGUCUGCCGAGAUGGUCUACGAGAGAGGAUGUGCAAGCAUCACCAAUUCUGUCGACUUGUGGACGGAUUACUGCUCCUUCAAGAUGGAGACAACCCAUGACCCACACCUCGUCAGAGAGCUCUUUGAACGAGGAGCAACCUUUGUUGGUCUCGACUUUUUGGCGCACCCUUUCUGGGAUAAGUACAUAGAGUACGAAGAGCGCCAGGAGGCACAUGACAAGAUCUAUGCCAUCCAUGCGCGAAUCAUUCGCAUACCGAUGCACCAGUACGCACGAUACUACGAGAGAUUUCGCUCAUUAUCACACAAUCAGCCGAUCACCGAAGUGGUACCCGCCGAGGAUCUUGCGAGAUUCAGAGCAGAGGUUGAAAACGAAAAUUUGGCUUUCGGAGGCGCCCCCAAGGCCGAGCUAGAGAUCGAGCGCGACGUUCGUGCCAAGAUUGACGCAAUGUUCUAUGAGAUCUUCACGACAACACAAACCGAGGUAUCGAAGCGCUGGACAUAUGAAUCCGAGAUCAAGCGACCUUACUUCCACGUUACCGCCUUGGAACACAAAGACUUGGCGAAUUGGCGCAAGUACCUUGACUUUGAAGAGGCUGAAGGGGACUUUGCACGAAUUGUUGCUUUAUACGAGCGAUGCCUUGUUACGUGCGCAUACUAUGACGAUCUUUGGUUCCGAUAUGCCCGGUGGAUGUCUGGCCAGGACGGAAAGGAGGAAGAGGUACGCAACAUCUACGUACGCGCCUCCACAAUGUUUGUGCCUGUCAGCCGACCAGGCAUUAGAAUGCAGUGGGCCUAUUUUGAGGAGAGUGCUGGUAGAGUCGACGUCGCCCUCGAUAUCCACGAGUCGAUUCUCCUGAGGCUACCUGACUGUGUCGAGGUUAUUGUGUCAUGGGCUAAUGUUGAACGACGACAAAACGGAAUCGAUGCUGCUAUCCAGGUGUACAAGAACCAAAUCGACGCUCCCACAGUGGAUCCCUAUGCCAAAGCUGCCUUGGCGGCAGAAUGGGCCCUUUUGGUUUGGAAAGCUAGAGGCUCUGCCGAAGAAGCUCGCGAUGUAUUCGCCAAAAAUGUACAGUGGUGCGGUGACAGCAGCCUAUUCUGGGACCGAUGGUUCCGUUUCGAGCUGGAGCAGCCAACAAGUGCCAAGACUGAAGGCCAGCAAGGCGAGUUCAUGAAGAAGGUAUUUGACGAGCUCCGAGAACGAAGUCGACUUUCUGCACCGGUCAAAAAGGACCUGGCUCAGCUGUACCUCAACUAUUUGGUCGAGCGGGGCGACAAGAAUGCCAUGAAGGUGUUCUUGCAAGUUGAUAGGGAAGUCUUUGGGCCAACGUCAGUAGCAAAGCUGUCAACGACAAAUAGCAAGGACAACGACGUGGCAAGAGGAGAACUGGAUGAAGCCAGCAAGCAGCGAGCUGAAGCUCGAUAUGUUCAUUUCUACGAAGUCCAUGGGGAGCCAGACUCUGAUGCACAAGGCAAUGCAGACUUCAACUGA